AUGUAUGCCGCUGCGGCGUCUCCACUCGGGGCCGUGCGCGCCCCCACGUCGUCAAUUGAGCUGUCAAUCCGCGCCACGAACCUCAAAGACCGCGACAUCAUCUCGAAAUCCGAUCCAUUUGCCGUGCUCUACGUGAAAAACGGUGGUAUGUGGACUACAAUAGGAAGAACCGAAGCCAAGAAAGACGACUUGAAUCCCGUAUGGACCAAGCUUUUCCUGGUCGAGUUCCACUUCGAAUCUGUCCAGCACCUCAAGGUGGAAGUCUACGACCAAGACAGCUCGUCCCCCGACAAGCUCAAGGAUCAGGACUUUAUCGGCAGCGCAGAGUUCACGCUGGGACAAUUGAUGGGUGCAGAAGGUCAGAGCGGGUCUUUUUGGCUUACUCGUGGUACAAGUACGGCGAAUCGUCAGGGCUCGCUGCUAGUGAAGGCUGAGGAGGCCAAAGUUUCUAGCGAGACGGUACGACUCUGCUUCUGUGCUACUGGUCUUGCUAACAUGGACGGUCUUUUCGGCAAGAGCGAUCCAUUCUUGGUGAUCAGUCGCCUCCGAGAAGACGACGGGUCUUGGACGCAAGUGUACAGAACGGAGACGAUCGACAACAACUUGAACCCGAAGUGGAGACGCUUCGAGGUACCGCUCCAGCAACUAUGUAAUGGCGAAUACAAGCGGCCAUUGCUCUUGCAGGUGCUUGAUGAAGACCGUGGUGGCAAAUCAGAGCUUAUUGGACUAGCGCAAACUACACUGGAGGAGAUCCUAGGGAAGCAUGGCGUCAGCUUUGUUUUACACAAUGAGGCGUUACAAAAGAAGAAGGGCAAAAGAUACACCAACGCUGGUCUGCUUGUGGCCGCGGAGGCGGGAAUAUUUCGCGAUCAUACUUUCAUCGACUAUCUCCGAGGUGGAAUGGAGAUGAAUUUGAUAAUCGGCAUCGACUACACGGCAUCAAAUGGCCCACCGAAUGACCCUCGCAGCCUGCACUUUAUUGAUCCUCGUGGGCCAAACCAGUACCAACAUGCGAUAUCAUCGACGGUUUCGAUUUUGCAAGAGUAUGAUGUCGACAAGCAAUUCCCGGUGUAUGGAUUCGGUGGAAUUCCACCAGGAGCGCAUACCGUCGAUCACUGCUUUCCGCUGAAUCUGAACCCAUCAAACCCGGAAGUCGCCGGUUCUCAGGGGGUCCUGCAGCUCUAUACGUCGUCUCUCGGGCACAUUCGGCUUCAUGGCCCAACGUUUUUCGCUCCACUUAUCAAUCAGUCCAUGCAAAUUGCGAAGCAGCUAAGUGACCCUCGCAAGCAGAAGUACUUUGUUCUUCUAAUCAUCACCGAUGGUGAGAUUAUGGACAUGCAGAAAACCAUCGAAGCGCUGGUCGAGGCGUCCCACGUUUCGCCGCUGUCGAUUGUGAUCAUUGGAGUGGGUCCCGCCGACUUCUCCUCCAUGGUAGCCCUAGAUGGGGAUGGAGGGAAGCUGCGUGCCAGCAAUGGGCGCAUAUCUGCGCGCGAUAUCGUUCAGUUCGUCCCAUACAACCGGUUUGUACAUCACCCGGACGCACUGGCAAGAGAAACACUUGCAGAGAUUCCCCGUCAAUUGUGCCAGUACAUGAAAGUGUGUGGUGCUGCGCCCAAACCGGCGCUUCCACCUGCAUACCGUUUGUUCCCUGAACCUUCCACAUGCGACCCAACUACGUCAUCUUCCUUUUCCGAGCCCUCUGCUGCAGCGUUGACGCCUGGCCCACAGCCUCAUCUUGCACAAGGCGCGCUGCAAGAGCAUAAUCAAGGGUACCCCGUCCAAGGACAACCUCAAGGAUACCCCGUUCAAGGACAACCUCAAGGAUACCCCGUUCAAGGACAACCUCAAGGUCACUCCGUUCAAGGACAACCUCAAGGAUACCAGCAAUAUGGAAAUUAUUCCCUGCAGCAAGGCCAAGCGUCUCACGAAACGUCUCGCGGAUAUCAACAGCAAAUGGGUCUCCCUCCUCAGCGAGGCAGCUUCUCUCAAGAAUCACCCCAGCAAUACCAGCAGCAAGGAACGUAUCCUCCGCGUCAAGGCUAUCCCGCUCAAGGCACGACGCAAGGAUAUGAGCAGCAGGGAAGCUACCCUCCACAGCAAGGCUAUCCAGCUCAGGGCCCUCCCCGUGGAGCAGCUCCGGGAUAUCCGGGCUACCGUGGCUGA